AUGCAGCUACCUCCUCAGCAACAAUAAUUGGAGGAGAUUAUAAUGCAGUCCCUAACCCACAAAUAGACAGAUUUCCAAUUUCUAAUAUCUCAAGACCAGAAUCAAAAAUAUUCACAGAACUAUAG